ACCUUUAAGACUUCUCCUUUGACCCAUUAAAGCUCCAAAGUUCAUUUAACAUAUCAUGGAGGAAGUUCAUCAGCCAUCUCAUCUUCUUCUUUCUUCUUUUUCUUCUUCUUCCAUUAUCCUCUGUAACAAAACAAAAGAACCAAGCUUUUUUAAGAGCUAUGGCAUGGGAAUGGGAUUCCUUUUCACAGGAAUUCAAAAGGGUCAGUUUCUUAGCCGGUCCUAUGGUUGCUGUCGCCUUAAUGCAAUACCUCGUACAAGUUUCGUCGGUUAUGAUGGUCGGUCAUCUAGGCAAACUCGCCCUUUCUAGCGUAGCCAUUGCUACAUCUCUCACCAAUGUCACCGGUUUCAGUCUUCUUUCGGGGCUUGUGGGUGGAUUGGAAACUCUAUGUGGGCAAGCUUAUGGAGCACAAAAAUAUGAAAAACUUGGGACUUAUCUUUACACGGCUAUCAUCUCCCUUAUGUUAUCUUGCCUUCCUAUUUGUCUACUUUGGAUAUUCAUGGAUAAGUUCUUGAUCCUCAUAGGACAAGAUGUUUUGAUUUCACGUGAAGCGAGAAAUUACUCUCUUUGGCUUAUUCCUUCUCUAUUUGGUGGAGCAAUUGUCAAGCCGUUUGUUAGAUUCUUGCAGACACAGAGUUUGAUUCUUCCCAUGUUAGCAUUUUCAUUUGUCGUUCUUUGUGUACAUGUUAUUGUUAGUUGGGUUAUGAUCUUUAAACUCGAGAUGGGUAUUCGAGGAGCCGCGAUUGCAGUUAGUUUUUCCACUUGGCUCAACGCGGUUAUGCUAGUUAUUUAUGUUAAGAACUCGAAAGCAUGCGCAAACACACGAGCCACGGUUUCUGUUGAUGCAUUCCUUGGGAUCUUGGAAUUCUUUCGAUUCGCUAUACCUUCUGCUGUUAUGGUUUGCCUGAAAUGGUGGUCGCUCGAGGUGAUCGUUUUGUUAUCGGGUUUAUUGCCGAAUCCAGAACUCGAAACAUCAGUCCUCUCAAUUUGCCUUACUAUCUCAACAUUGCAUUUCACUAUACCAUAUGGAAUCGGGGCUGCAGCAAGUACACGCGUUUCUAAUGAACUGGGAAGUGGAAAACCCGAGGCUGCCCGUUUAUCAGCAUGGGCAGCGACGGUUAUUGCGACAUCAGAAGCGAUUGUUGUGGGAACAUCGCUUCUACUCGCCCGCCAUGUUGUGGGGCGUGCUUACAGCAACAAUAAACAGGUUGUGGAUUAUAUAGCCAUGAUGGCACCGCUUAUAUGCCUAUCCAUCGCAACGGAUAGCAUCCAAGGGGUUAUUUCUGGGAUUGCUAGGGGAAGUGGAUGGCAACAUAUAGGGGCAUAUGUAAAUUUGGGAGCUUAUUAUCUUGUUGGGAUUCCGGUUGCGAUUCUUCUAGGCUUUAUGGUUCAUAUGAAGGCGAAAGGGUUGUGGAUCGGGAUUGCUGUGGGGUCUGUGGUGCAAUCUACCGUUCUCUUAGUCAUAACUAGUUUAACGGAUUGGAAUAAACAGGCAACAAAAGCAAAAGAAAGACUAUAUAAUGGUAGGCCUCCUCAGGUGUAA